AUGGCUUCCUACUCUUUCUACGACGUCACCGUCCCUGUGUUGCGUAACAUCUCCAAGAGCGCCAUCAGCUUCCUCACCGCAGCCAAAGAGGAGAUCUCCAAGAACAGCUCUCUGCCAUCCGAGCAGGAGCUCCUCGACGCAAAGAUCGGCGACAUGCUGCCUUUCCGCAUGCAGCCCAUCUUAGUCGCCAGCUUCCCAGUCGGCGCUAUCAAUGCCCUCCAGCUCAACGGAUCCGCCACAACACCCGCCCUGGACCCCGCGUCCUUUUCCUCGCUCGACGACAUCAUCAACUUCUUCAAGCAGAUGCUGACCGUCUACGACGCCAUUGACGCCAAGACGUACAACGAGAGCGCCGAAAAGUCCUUCCAAGUCAGCGUCGGCCCCAAGACCCUCAAUGCCAGCUCCCUGACUAGCUUCAUCGGCGACUUCGUCAUCCCCAACAGCUUCUUCCACCUCAAUGCCAUGUACAUGCUGCUGAGAGGCAAGGGCUUCAACCUCGGCAAGCCCUCCUACAUUGGUGCCUUCAUGGGCGAGACCUCGCAGAAGGACUGGGCUGCCAUGAGGGCCUCGGCUUAA